AGGCGGCCCAAUUCUAGUUUCUAUCCUCAUUUUCCGUGCAAAGAAAUAAAUACAACAAUGCUGCGAGCUUUGAAGACCGGCGGCGCCCUGUUGCGUUCGCAAAACAAGAACUUUGCCGCAGCUGUGGCCCACUACUCUGAUCUACCUAAGCCCCAGACCACCCCGGAGGUGCUCUACACCGGACUGUUCAUCAACAAUGAGUGGCACAAGAGCAAAUCGGGCAAAACAUUUGCUACCAUCAAUCCAACCACAGAGGAGUGUAUCGCUGAAAUUCAGGAAAGCGAUAAGGAGGAUAUCGAUAUUGCCGUAAAGGCUGCCCGCUCAGCUUUCCAACUGGGUUCCCCCUGGCGCCGUAUGGAUGCUUCGGAGCGCGGGCGUCUAAUCUACCGCUUGGCGGAUCUUAUGGAGCGUGAUCAGGUCUACUUGUCUAGCUUGGAGACUUUGGACAACGGCAAACCCUACAGCAUGUCCUACAAUGUGGAUCUACCCACGGCCAUCAAGAAUCUGCGCUACUUUGCCGGCUGGGCUGAUAAGAACCAUGGCAAGACCAUCCCCAUGGACGGUGACUUCUUCGCGUACACCCGUCACGAGCCUGUGGGCGUGUGCGGUCAGGUUAUUCCUUGGAACUUCCCCAUUCUGAUGAUGGCCUGGAAACUGGGACCCGCGCUGGCAACCGGCAACACCAUCGUGCUGAAGCCUGCAGAGCAGACCAGUCUGACGGCCCUAUACAUUGCGCAGCUGGUGAAGGAGGCUGGCUUCCCGGAGGGUGUGGUUAAUGUGGUGCCUGGCUUCGGUGAAGCCGGCGCCAUCCUGGCCAAUCACGCAGAUGUGGAUAAGCUGGCCUUCACUGGCUCCACGGAGGUGGGAAAGCUCAUCCAGUUGGCAUCUGGCAACACAAACCUCAAGCGC